CGAGAAUGUACUCUACGAAACAUGGAUUGUGGCGACAUGAGUUUAUUUUGCGCUUUUUCCCGUCUAAUGUCUAAUGAUUAUUUGUGUUUGUGAACACGAUGAGUUUCUGGAAUCGCGCUGUUGUGCUCGCGGUGUUGUCAGUUAUAUUGACGGCUGAUCUCGGGCGGUUUGCGGCAGCAGAUGAUCAGACAAACAGUAAAAGCGAUGAAAACUCUGACAGUAAUAGAGCUGUCAGUGAUGUAGAGGAUCAGAAUACUGCUGAUGGACAGCUGUUCAGGUAUCUGUAUUAUAUUGGUGCACCUGCUGAUCAAAUUCAAGCUUUGCCUGAGAGUGUGGCUGUGGUUUCGCUCGGAAGAAGAGAUGUUUCGUCCCAAUAUGUUUUUCCUAUUACUUUUACCGCCAAUCAUUUUUGAGUCUGGAUACUCAUUACAUAAGGGUAAUUUUUUCCAAAACAUAGGCUCGAUCACAUUAUUUGCCGUUUUUGGGACAGCGAUCUCAGCCUUCAUCGUGGGAGGAGGAAUCAAUUUCCUGGGACAGGCUGAUGUUAUUUACAAGAUGACAAUGACUGACAGAUGAGAAUUUGGCUCGGACAAUUCCUGAAACUAUUGAGCAAAGUGUUUUAAGAGGAUUCGACAUGUACAUACAUGUCUUCAUUUUUUUCUCCAGUUUUGCCUUUGGGUCUCUGAUCUCCGCUGUGGAUCCAGUCGCCACUAUCGCCAUAUUUAGGGGUGCUCCGAUCACGAUCGGCCGAUCGUUAAUGCGCAUCUCAUCAGUAAAGC